UUCACCGACUUUUCAUCAGUCGCAGCCACAAUUUUUCCUAUUUACUUCAUACCAACUUUAAUUGAAAUGGAGUCCGCAAAACUUUUCAUUUUCGCCAUUCUUGUAGUCUCCGCCCUCGGAGGGAUUGUCCCCCACAGAGCUGUAGUCCCAAUUAAUGAUGGAAAGUACUUGUUGGAAACGAGGGUAACUUUGACUGGAAUUCUUACCGUCAAAGUAACUGCUGAAUCGACAGGUUGGCUUGGGUGGGGGAUUUCUCCAACCGGUGAGAUGGCUGGGUCGGACAUGAUCAUCGGGGGAUUUAAUGCGGAUACGGGCGAAGCCUAUAUUGGGGAUCGCUUCUCAUCAGGUCACGGACUUCCAGCUUUGGACACGAUUCAAAACGUAGAGCUUAUUUCUGCCUCUGAAAAUGCUACCCACACCGUUCUUGAGUUCUCUCGAGCUGUUGAUACGGGAGAUGUUGAGCAAGAUCUGAAAGUAGAGAACGCAGUCCAAUACAUCGUCUGGGCAGCCGGAGAAACUGACGACUUGGCCUAUCAUGGACAAGUGAAUCGUGGUGCAAUUGAACUAAAUUUGAUGGACGGUUAAAAACAUAUAUUGUUGACGGCUAUUCUAAAUGUGAAUAAUAAAACGACUUAAGCUAAUCAAAACAUG